AUGGACUUCAGUGAACACUGGUCUCUGGAGGACAUCCGCUGGCUGGCACAUAGCGGGCUUCUUCAUUUUGUCAAUACAUUAAGAGGCCCCCCGUCGAUUUGCUACAGCUCCAGUACUCCUGCCCAGAUACUGGAAGAAAUCGGCUACCUGUAUGCAGAGCCCCGGCUGCUUAGCAGCAGGCAGGAUGAUUCCCCAUUCAUGGUAGAGGUGAUCAGUAGUAUCGACGCGGAAGACCCUCUUAGCAACUUCCACCCUCCACACAUUCUCCAGGUCUCAGAGGUGGAAAUGAGAGGUUCGGAGGAUGCGGCCCCUCGCACUGUGUUACAGCGGCUGAUCCAGGAGCUGCGCUAUGGCAACCCGAAUGAGAACAUGAACCUGCUGGCCAUCCAGCACCAGGCCACGGGGAGCACAGGACCGUCCAACUCCGCUGCCAGCACCCUUUCUUCUUCGUCCGUGGAAAACCUCCUGCCGGAAGACCCACAAAUGGUCCAGCAGUCAGCACGGCAAGAACCACAGGGCCAGGAGCACCAAGGGGACAAUUCUGUGAUGGAGAAGCAGCCCAGGGGAAGCUCCCAGCCUCAGCAGAACAACGAGGAGCUACCGACCUAUGAGGAGGCCAAGGCCCAGUCCCAGUUUUUCAGGGGCCAACAGCCUAGUGCCGUCGGGCAGAGCGGCUUUUAUGGGGCCACGGCCCCCUGUCCGAAGUCUAGAACGGAAGGGAGGCCUACUCUGGCCCGGGCCAACAGCGGGCAAGCGCACAAAGACGACGCUCUGAAGGAACUCAAGCAGGGUCACGUGCGGUCUCUGAGCGAGAGGAUCAUGCAACUGUCUCUGGAGAGGAACGGUGCGAAGCAGCAUCCCCCGGCCUUGGGGAGAAGCAAAGGGUUCAAAGUGGGCUGCCCCCCCUCUUCCCAGGCGGCAGGCAAAGGCAUGGAUCUGAGGGGGCCACCGCCGGAGUAUCCGUAUAAAAGCAAGCAGGUGGUGUCCCCCGUGAGCAAAACUCAGGAUCACGGGAUGUUUUUUAACGACCAGCACUCUGCAAUGAUGCAGGAGAUGGCAAAGGCCUCCUAUUCUGUUCCGCCUGUGAGGGCCGAAGCGGCUUCUGUCCGAUAUCAGCCUCCCCCAGAAUAUGGCACGAGCAGCCGUCAGAGCCAGGCGUCUUUUCCAUCCCUCCCCAUGCAACAGCAGCACAGUCCAAUGUCCUCCCAGGCCUCCUCCCUGAUGGGCCCGUUGCAUUCCAUGUCUUUGCCGCCUCUUCCGAUGGCCAUGGGGACCCAGUCUCUGCCCGCCACCCCACCCAACCAGCAGCAACUCCCACCUGACGCGUUUGCGAUCGUGCAGCGAGCUCAGCAGAUGGUGGAAAUGCUGUCCGAAGACAACGAAGCCCUGCAGAAGGAGCUGGAGGGCUACUAUGAGAAAGCAGACAAACUUCAGAAGUUUGAAAUAGAAAUUCAGAGGAUUUCAGAAGCUUAUGAAGACUUAGUGAAGACCACCACCAAGAGAGAGUCGCUCGACAAGGCGAUGCGAAACAAACUUGAAGGGGAAAUCCGACGACUCCAUGACUUCAAUCGGGACCUGCGGGAGCGGUUGGAGACGGCCAACAGGCAACUGGCCAGCAGACAGUUCGAUGGGCUUGAAGAUCAGGUGACAGAGGGUCUCUAUGCCUCUCAGAAUAAAGAGAAGCUGGAGAUGGAGUUGACAGCCGUGCGUCUGACCAACGAGGAACAGCGAAGGCACAUUGAGAUCCUCGACCAGGCCCUGAACAACGCUCAGGCCAGGGUCAUCAAACUGGAAGAGGAGUUGCGGAAAAAGCAAGUGCAAGUAGAGAAGGUCGAGAAGCUUCAGCAAGCACUGGCGCAACUUCAGGCCACCUACGAGAAGCGAGAGCAGCUGGAGCGCCGCUUGCGCACGAGGCUGGAGAGGGAGCUAGAAUCUCUGCGGUUGCAGCAGAAGCAAGGCAAUUACCAGGCGUCCACCCUGCCAGAGUACAACGUGCCUGGCUUAAUGGAGCUGGUGCGGGAGAAGGAAGAGAAGAUUCUAGCUCUGGAAGCCGACAUGACCAAGUGGGAGCAGAAGUACUUGGAAGAGAGCACCAUCCGGCACUUUGCCAUGAACGCCGUGGCCACAUCAGCCCCAGAGAAGGAUCCUUCAGCCACUAAUCACUCACGGAACGGCAGCUACAGCGAGAGCUCUCUGGAGGUCCACGCGUGGCAGGAAGAGGAGGAGAUUUUGCAGGCCAACCGGAGGUGCCAGGACAUGGAAUACACAAUAAAGAACCUGCAUGCAAAAAUCAUAGAGAAAGACGCCAUGAUCAAGGUCCUUCAGCAGCGGUCCAGAAAGGAUCCUGGCAAGAGCAACGCCACAAGCUUGCGGCCCGCCCGGUCAGUCCCGUCUAUUGCUGCAGCCGCCGGAACCCAUUCCCGCCAGACCUCCCUCACUAGCAACCAGAUGGCAGAGGAGAAGAAAGAAGACAGGACUUGGAAAGGGAGCAUAGGACUGCUCUUGGGGAAGGACCCCCAGGAUCAUUCAUCCAUACCUUCGUUGCCAGCUCCGCCACCAUCUUUAUCAUCGGCAACGUGCUCAUGGCCGGCGACAGUGUGCCACGCUAAGACGGGGAGCAAAGACAGCAGCACUCAGACAGAAAAGGGGUCAGAGCUUUUCUGGCCAAGCUCCGCUUCUUUCCCAGGACGGGGAAAAUUUGGCAGCACUCCUGCUGGCAGCCCAGCUCUGAGGCACAUGGCAGCCAAGGGUGUCAGCGAGAGAAUGGAGUACUCUCCCAGCCAUGGGAAGCUACCUGAGAGCAAAGGAAGGUUGAGCAGUCUGCUCCCAAAGCCUGAAUUCCCAGAUCCGGACAUGAUGGAAGUCCUCAUCUAAAGUCGCGGCAGCUUCCUUCCGCUUCUAACGCCGAGUGCACAUAACGCC